AGAGCCAGUUUGAGUAUAAAACUGUUAGGUGCCUCCUCCCAGUGCUAUCUCCUCCUGAGCACCUCCCUCUCAGUCGAGCCCAGCAGGGCUCUAUCAGCCAGUGCCUUCUGCCACCAGGAAGCCCGUGGAGUAAAUACAUCUCAGAUGGUUGCAACUGAGUAGAAGCAGCCAAGUCCGAGUCCUGGCAGUCUAGAAAGCAAUUCACCAAGGCCGCGGGCUUCUUCCUGGAAGCCUGGAAGCAAUGUCUUUGCUCGUGGUUUCCAAAGCAGGGUAGAAGGAGCACCUGAGUUCCAUGCGCAAGCGGGGUUUGGGCAAGCAGUCCACUGCACCUGCCGAAUGACUCUGGGUUCAUCAAUGCUGUACAGGAGUUUCGAGCGUGUUCUUGAAAUAACUGAGUAAAGUUGGAACCCUAUCAUUUUGACUCAAAAAAAAGCGGGGUGCUAGGAACGGCCCUUCCCAACUCUGGCUCUGUGCACCUCUCUGCCUGUGCCGUCAUGCUGACGGGAGUGUGCUGGCCCAUCGGAGAGCCCAGCGGCCACACUGCAACCAUAGAUCUCACAGCUUCUUUGCUGCUGCAUUUUCUGGUGUGGAAUUCAGACCUCAAGGCUUCUAGGAGUGGUGCCUUCUGAGGACAGAAGUGUUUUCCUCAGGAGACAAGAACACCUGACAGCAUUUUCUUUGUUUCUGAUAACAGCUUUAAAGAACACCGAGCACCUCCUGCCACUUCAGACCAAAAGCUACCUAAAAUCAGGAUUAUUUAUGGAGAGAAAGGAAGGAUGAAUGGACAGUCUUUGUUUGGCGGCUCUGGUGAUGCCCCUUGUGGUCCUCUUUGGAAAGACUCUUUUGGAGUUAAGGUUGGUGAGGCUGCACACGGAGGCUCCUCCUGGCACAGCUUGGCCCAGGCGCGUGGGCCGCCGGAACAGGAGCCAGAGGAAGAGCUAUCCAUGGAGAAUAGCCCCACUAUGGCUAAAAUGGACCAGGGUGAAAAUCAGGUUUUACCAAGUCCAAGAAGAAGACGCCUCCCCAAGGCACUUGGCUACGUCACCGGUGAUAUGAAAGAAUUUGCCAGCUGGCUUAAAGACAAACCACAAGUGCUCCAGUUCGUAGAUUGGGUUCUUCGGGGCAUAUCCCAAGUGGUGUUCGUCAGCAACCCCAUCAGCGGAAUCCUGAUUCUGGUGGGGCUCCUCGUCCAGAAUCCCUGGUGGGCUCUCAAUGGCUGUGUGGGAACAGUGGUCUCUACCCUGACAGCCCUGUUACUUGCUCAGGACAGGUCAGCAAUUGCAGCCGGGCUGCAGGGCUACAACGGCACCCUGGUGGGAAUACUCAUGGCUGUCUUUUCAGACAAGGGCAACUAUUUCUGGUGGCUGUUAUUCCCUGUGUCUGCUAUGUCCAUGACUUGUCCAGUUUUCUCAAGCGCACUGAACUCCUUGUUCUGCAAAUGGGACCUCCCCGUCUUCACCCUGCCCUUCAACAUGGCGUUGUCAAUGUACCUUUCGGCCACGGGACAUUACAAUCCGUUCUUCCCAGGCAAACUGUUCAAACCUAUAACCGAGGUUCCCAAUGUCACCUGGACUGACCUCAGUGCCCUGCAGCUAUUGAAAUCCCUGCCCGUGGGUGUCGGUCAGAUCUACGGCUGCGAUAACCCGUGGUCGGGGGGCAUUUUCCUGGGCGCCAUUCUGCUCUCCUCCCCGCUCAUGUGCCUGCACGCUGCCAUCGGGUCGCUGCUGGGGAUAGCGGCAGGACUCAGUCUUUCAGCGCCAUUUGAGAACAUAUACUUUGGACUCUGGGGUUUCAACAGCUCUCUGGCCUGCAUUGCAAUGGGAGGGAUGUUCAUGGCACUGACCUGGCAAACCCACCUGCUGGCUCUUGCCUGCGGACCUCGGGUUACUUUGGGUCCACUUGGAUAACCCACACUCAUCUCCCGGUCUCAAGAUCAUUAACAUAAUCACAGCUGCAAAGCUCCUUUUGACAGAUAAGGUAACAUAUUCACGGGUUCUGGGGAUUAGAGCAUGAACGUCUUUGGGGGCCGUGACUGUGCCUAUCACGCCUACCUUCCUUCGGACAGGUCAGAUUUUCUUUAAUGGCGUAGCGUAAUGGAUGAGGCAACGUACUGAAUUAGUUGAGAACCCAGACCCUCUGCCACGUCCUAGCUCUGCCAAGUUUAACUUCAGUAGAUGCCACGUUCAAUAGAUGCCUUCCCCCAGGGGCCAUCCCGCUUUCCCCUGCCACCAGUGGUGUGUGAGAGGGCACGUUUCAUCCACACUAGGUACUGGCCAUCCUUUCCCUCUUUGGACAUAAAGUUUUGAGGCAGACCUCCAGCCCCCUCCUGUAAGGUAAAUCUCACAUGGAAAACGUAACAGCAAGUUCCAGCUUGCCCACGUCACCCUGACCCUGCCAAACCAAAGACUGACUCGGCCAGCCAAAGUAAAUAAAGAACGGACAUUCAUUACAGAGUUGCUCUUUCAUUAGAUCACAUGGCCUUAUCAGCAAGAGGACCCGGGAAGCUCUGACAGGGCCCAGCACUGCUGCCUUCCCUGCCUCGACACUGGAAGCUGCCCACCAAGGAAUUCCUCGGUCUUGUUAUUUUAUCAGUGCAAACUGUAAACACAUUUCGUCUCCUUUUAAUGCUUGGCUUGUCACAGUAGGACUUGUACACGGUGGCCUGUGGGGACGGACAUUGCCGGCCCUUCAGCUCUCGGGGCCUCUCCUCUCCCUCUGCUGCCCAGAGCUCUGUCAGAGUCAUCACCUACAAACUGUGGUGUGCAGAAUGUCACCUCUACCGUAAGGCUUUCCCAGUCUGAUUCAGCAAAUCUUAAUUGAUGGGCAGUUACUGUUAUGCAGUCUGACUCUCUUACUAUGGGGAGAAAAGUGACUUGUAAUUGGAGAGCACCUGGAAACUGCGUAACAGUAAGAAACCAGAGCAAUGCCUUCCAAAUGUAAUAAGUAUCAAAUGGAGAGAAGUGGCAAUGAGUCUCAAGUGCUCAGGGAACAUCUCCUAGAAGAGCCGGCGCCCAAGGGAGCAAGGACAGAAUGUUCCGGUACUUGCUCAAGUGCCGGUGAAUAUUUGUUGAAUGAGUGAGUGAGUGAAUGAACGAAUGAAAUAGAAAAAAAAAGAAUGAAAUUCUCAAAACCCAACAAAAAAGCUCUUCCAACCCAAGCUGUUGCUGGCUUCUGCUCAGAUCAGUAUCUCACCCCCCAGGGACAGGGAUGGGUUUGAGAGCUGCUCUUUGUGGAAAUACAGGAUUGCAUGUGAGAUCCGUCUCCUCCCUGUAAAGAGCAUCUUCAAGUUGCCCUUUGACAAAUGAUAAAACCAGAUUCCGAAGUUCAGGGAUUUGUUGUACAAUUAAAUGGCAGAGCUGGGGUUUGAAGCUUGUCUUUCCAAGACACGCCUUUCCCGCUAGCUAGAGACAAUUCAGAUGUUGAAAGACAUACUGUUGAACAAAAAUACCAGGACAAAAAGACCAAAGAUUGAUAAAAGGUUGGAAGUCUGUGGUAAAGUAAAUGAGGGAGGGAGUCUCUCUGCCCCCACUUCCUGCCCCGCCCCAUGGUGGCUGUGUGAUUUCUCCUGCUUUGGGGCAGUAGAUGGUGGGUGUGCCUACUGGUGAGUGCUGCUGGGCCAGGUGGCUGUGUGGCCAGCUUAUGAAGGUCAUUCUGCAGCCUGCCUUGGUGAAACCCAAGGGCUUCCCUGAGCCUUCUUGAGCCCCCCCCCCCCCCUUCAACUGAUGAUUAGCUACUUGAGAGCUUUGUUUUUGUUGUUUCACUUUGAAGGUCACAGAUAAACUGCUACUUUAAGAUUUGCGCUUGCUCAGAGUAAAUAAAAACGUAGCAUGUUAGUUCAUUACCCCGUAUGCCGAUCUUAAUGGUAUUUGGAAAAAUGUUAUGGGGAGAAAACCCAAGUUUGUGUUCCGUUUCUACUGAUCUCUGAGUUAGCAUCUGUUUUUUUAUACCACAAGUGUUUCUAACUGUGAAUUCUAACCAAUACGAGAAUCCUUGUGAUCGUACAGAAACCGUGCUAUCCGAAGAAACAUUCAUACUUUUCAUUUUAGUCCAACCAUGCUCAGAUAAAAUAACAGGGAAGUUUAUUGGCCAUGGAAAGCCUUUUCCUUAAGGAUCAGCAGUAACAUGAACCAAAUAGUAAUCACAGAAAAGCUACCUUUACUGAGUACUUCUUUUUAAAUUUUUUUUAAUGUUUAUUUAUUUUUGAGAGACAGAGCAUGAGCGGGGGAGGGGCAGAGAGAGAGGGAGACAGAAUGUGAAGCAGCCUCCCGAAUCUGAGCUGUCACAAGAGCCUGAUGUGGGGCUCAAAUCCAUGGACCUCGAGAUCAUGACCUGAGCCAAAGUCGGGCGCUUAACCGACAGAGCCACGCAGGCACCCCUACUGAGUGCUUUGUACUGCAUGCUAAACCCAAGUAUUACCUGCUUUCGUGUCACACCAACCCCGUGAGAAAGGAAUUCCUAUUCCCUCUAUUGUGCAGGUGAGAAAGUGAAGGCUUAGAAUGGAGGCCACCAAGCUCCUAAGUGGUGGAGUCUGGAUUUGAACCCAGAGCUGCCAGCUCUAAGCUCAUAAUUAUAACCAGGGUGCUGGGCUGGCUAGAAAAACAUGGAAGUUUCCUUUCCAGGGGAUUUAUACCAGAAGGCAGUCUUCCCUGUAAUGAGAAGUGCACCUACUAAGUGCUGUUGUUCCCCUUUGU